UAAUGAGCGAGUGAGGGAGCCACCUCAAAGGCUAUCGGGUUACCCUGAAUGACAGCGUUUCCAUGGCAAAUAAUUGGACUAAAACUAUUGUCUUAUCCCCGCCAUCCCCGGCUCGGAUAACCAGCCAAUCACAGUCCGCAUAAUCGCUUUUCUUGCCAGCUUAGAAUAAUAUUAUUAAACGAAGCGAGCGAGCUCGGUCUCCGGGAGUGCGCGAUGGUGAAACGGCGCGGAAAAGAGCGCUGAGCGACUCGCGCAGGAGAGGAGCAGAACUUUUCUCUCAGUGCUGUGUUGUUUUUUUUUCUUCGUGAAUGGAUAUACGGCGCGUUACGGGAGCUCUGCUGGAUCUGAAGUUUCGGUGGUCUGUCUUCGCUUGAACUUGGAAACUUCGGAAACUCGGGAAACUUCGGAAAACUUGGGAAACUUUGGAGUGUUGUGUUCUUUUUUUCUUCUUCUUCGCGUUCUCGCGACGCUUUUUUGAACUCUCCGCCGUUCAUGGACUCGCGCCGAGCUGCGCUCGAGGCUUGCUGCUGGUUGAGGCUGUCGGUGCUGACUCGCGCUCAAAGCAGACACAGAGAGAGGUGACCGUCGGCGGCGAACCAUGUCCAUGCUGCCCACCUUCGGCUUCACGCAGGAGCAAGUGGCGUGCGUGUGCGAGGUGCUCCAGCAGGGGGGCAACAUCGAGCGCCUGGGUCGCUUUCUGUGGUCGCUGCCGGCCUGCGAGCACCUCCACAAGAACGAGUCGGUGCUCAAGGCCAAGGCCGUGGUGGCCUUCCACCGCGGCAACUUCAGGGAGCUCUACAAGAUCCUGGAGAGCCACCAGUUCUCGCCUCACAACCACCCCAAGCUGCAGCAGCUGUGGCUCAAGGCGCACUACAUCGAGGCGGAGAAGCUCAGGGGGCGGCCGCUGGGAGCCGUGGGCAAGUACCGCGUGCGCAGGAAGUUCCCGCUGCCGCGCUCCAUCUGGGACGGCGAGGAGACCAGCUACUGCUUCAAGGAGAAGAGCCGCACCGUGCUGAGGGAGUGGUACACACACAACCCCUACCCGUCCCCGCGCGAGAAGCGCGAGCUGGCCGAGGCCACGGGGCUCACCACCACGCAGGUCAGCAACUGGUUCAAGAACCGGAGGCAGCGCGACCGAGCGGCGGAGGCCAAAGAAAGGGAGAACAACGAGAACUCCAACACGAACAGCCACAAGCCGCUGGCCACGUCAAUGAACGGAAAUAAGACUCUUUUGGGGAGCUCGGACGACGACAAAACUCCAUCUGGCACCCCGGAUCACACGUCGUCCAGCCCCGCGCUGCUGCUCACGUCCGGUCCUGGCCUACAGUCCCUGCACGGCCUGGCGCCUCCACCUGCGCCCAGCGCCGUCCCCGUGGCCAGCGUGGACUCCGUGCACCACCACCACCACGCCUUACACGACACCAUACUGAACCCCAUGUCGUCAAACUUGGUCGAUCUUGGUUCUUAAAAGAACUACAACAACAACAACAACAAAGAAAUGCUCGCGUGGAGCCCCUUUGAAAAAUGAUGAAUAAAGGACGCCUGUAUGAGGACGGCUGCAAAACACCUCCAGACUUUUGUGGAGCGAUUGACAAAGCAAAAAAAAAGCAGAAAAGAGAAAGAGA